ACGGACAUAUAUUCUCUGGGGGUAGUCAUGUGGGAAUGCCUGACUGGGAAGAAGCCCCAGCCGCUGAGCUGGAGUCUGCAGAGCGCUGCUGGCCAUGACGUCGAUGUGGCAGAUCCAUCACACAGGUGUCCCCAGGCAGCAUGGUUUCCGCUCGACAGUGGCCACCCGGCAGCAAUGAGAGACCUGGUGUGGCGUUGCCUCAGCUGCGGCUGUAAUGAACGGCCGGAAUGUGAGGAAGUGGCGUCGCUGCUGGCGGAACUGUCCAUGAGUGACCGGACACAGACAGGCGCUGGCACGGACGUUGCCGUGGAUGUGUCUGAUUGA